GUAAAUAAAUUAAUAAAUGAAACCCUUGUAUUUAUAAUGCAUAAUCAAGAUAAGAUAGAUGUAUAAUUAUAACUGUUGAUAUAAUACAUCAUGCAGCAUUAUGAGUGUAGCCAUAAUGCAUUGUGACUAAUUAUGAUGCACAUUAUAAUUCAUUAUAAAUAUGCUCAUAAUGCACUAUAGUAGAAUGGGCUUUAAGUAAAGUGCUACCGAAAUAACUACUUUCUAAUGAGCAUAUGCUUUGCAAAAGAAUAUGGAAAUUCAACUGUUAACGACUUAUGAACAAUGAGCUAAGCAAAACUUAUUAGAGGAAAUGUAAAACAAAUGUUGUACAAAUUGUGGUUAAGAGGUGUUAUCAGCAUCUGUAACAUAUGUUACUAAACAUGCUUUCCUCCUAGCCAACCAACUUGCCAUCAUGGGUGAUGGAGAUAUGGAGUGCUUUGGCUCUGCGGCCAUCUACCUCCGCAAGCCAGAGAAAGAGCGUAUAGAGGCCCAAACCAGACCCUUUGAUGCCAAAACGGCUUUCUUUGUGGUUGACAAAGAUGAAGAUUAUGUGAAAGGCGUUCUGCAGAAAAGAGAUGGUGGCAAAGCCACUGUCAAAACUCUGGAGGGUGAUAAGAGUAAAGAAGUAACGGUGAAAGAGGAUGAAAUCUUCCCCAUGAAUCCUCCAAAGUAUGACAAAAUUGAGGACAUGGCCAUGAUGACCCACCUCCAUGAGCCUUCUGUGUUGUACAACCUCAAAGAGCGCUAUGCAGCAUGGAUGAUCUAUACCUACUCUGGGCUGUUCUGCGUCACUGUGAACCCCUACAAGUGGCUCCCAGUGUACGAUCAAGUUGUUGUUAAUGGAUACAGAGGCAAGAAGAGGAUUGAGGCUCCACCCCACAUCUUCUCCAUCUCUGAUAACGCCUAUCAGUUCAUGCUCCAAGAUCGUGAAAAUCAGUCUGUGCUUAUUACUGGAGAAUCUGGUGCAGGCAAGACUGUAAACACCAAGCGUGUCAUCCAGUACUUUGCAACAAUUGCAGUUGCUGGAGGAAAGAAAGAACUGCCAGCAGCAGCUGGAAAAAUCCAGGGAUCACUGGAGGACCAGAUCAUUGCAGCCAACCCUCUACUUGAGGCCUAUGGUAAUGCCAAGACUGUGAGGAAUGACAACUCCUCCCGCUUUGGUAAAUUCAUCAGAAUUCAUUUUGGCCAAACUGGCAAGCUGGCGUCUGCUGAUAUCGAGACUUAUCUGCUGGAGAAGUCAAGAGUGACAUUCCAGUUGUCUGCUGAGAGGAGCUACCAUAUCUUCUACCAACUUAUGACUGGACACAAGCCCGAGCUGAUUGAGGGCCUGCUUAUCACCCAAAACCCCUAUGAUUUCCCUAUGAUCAGCCAAGGUGAAAUCACUGUCAAGAGCAUUGAUGAUGUGGAGGAGUUCAUUGCAACUGAUACAGCUAUUGACAUCCUGGGCUUCAAUGCUGAGGAGAAAAUUGGCAUCUACAAACUGACCGGAGCUGUAAUGCAUCACGGUAACAUGCAUUUCAAGCAGAAGCAGAGAGAGGAGCAGGCUGAGCCUGAUGGAACUGAGGUGGCCGACAAAAUCGCCUACCUCAUGGGCCUGAACUCUGCUGACAUGCUGAAGGCUCUGUGCUACCCAAGAGUGAAGGUUGGAAAUGAAUUUGUGACCAAAGGGCAAACUGUACCACAGGUGAACAAUUCGGUUUCAGCUCUUUGCAAGUCUGUAUACGAGAAGAUGUUCUUGUGGAUGGUCAUCCGUAUCAAUGAGAUGUUGGACACCAAACAGCAAAGACAGUUCUUCAUCGGUGUACUGGACAUUGCUGGUUUUGAGAUCUUUGAUUACAACAGCUUGGAACAGCUGUGUAUCAACUUCACCAACGAGAAACUGCAACAGUUCUUCAAUCACACCAUGUUCGUGCUUGAGCAAGAGGAGUACAAGAAAGACGGUAUUGUGUGGGAAUUCAUUGACUUUGGUAUGGAUUUGGCUGCCUGCAUUGAGCUCAUUGAGAAGCCACUAGGCAUCUUCUCCAUCCUUGAAGAGGAGUGCAUGUUCCCCAAGGCCUCAGACACUACCUUCAAGGGCAAGUUGUAUGAUCAGCAUCUUGGCAAAACGAAGUGCUUUGAGAAACCCAAACCAGCAAAGGGUAAGGCAGAGGCACACUUCUCCCUGGUGCACUAUGCUGGCACUGUAGACUACAACAUUACCGGAUGGCUGGACAAGAACAAGGACCCAUUGAAUGACUCCGUUGUGCAGCUGUACCAGAAGUCUGCAAUGAAAUUGCUGGCCUUCCUCUAUGCAUCCCAUGCUGGUGCUGAGGAGGCUGCUGGUGGUGGUGGCAAAAAAGGUGGCAAGAAGAAGGGUGGCUCCUUCCAGACGGUGUCUGCUCUUUUCAGGGAGAAUUUGGGCAAGCUGAUGACCAAUCUGAGGAGCACCCAUCCUCACUUUGUGCGCUGCUUGAUUCCAAAUGAGUCAAAGACUCCUGGUAAGCUUAUAAUGUCUGGUAAGCUAACAACUUUUUGGAUGUGUAAUGAAUUGAAAUGUAUACUAUUUGGUUUCUGUGCAGGUUUGAUGGAGAACUUCUUGGUGCUUCACCAACUGAGAUGUAAUGGUGUGCUGGAGGGUAUCAGAAUCUGCAGAAAGGGCUUCCCUAGCAGAAUCAUUUAUGCUGACUUCAAGCAGAGAUACAAAGUGCUGAAUGCCAGUGUCAUUCCUGAGGGACAGUUCAUUGACAACAAGAAGGCUUCUGAGAAGCUCUUGGGUUCCAUUGAUGUGGACCACACUCAGUACAUGUUUGGCCAUACCAAGGUGUUCUUCAAAGCUGGGCUGUUGGGUGUCCUUGAGGAGAUGAGAGACGAGAAGUUGGCAGCUCUGGUCACAAUGACUCAGGCGCUCUGCCGUGCUUACCUGAUGAGGAGGGAGUUUGUCAAGAUGAUGGAAAGGAGAGAAUCUAUCUACACCAUCCAGUACAAUAUCCGCUCAUUCAUGAAUGUGAAAACCUGGCCAUGGAUGAAGGUGUACUUCAAGAUCAAGCCACUGCUGAAGAGUGCUGAAACUGAAAAGGAACUUGCAAAUAUGAAAGAGAACUAUGACAAAAUGAAGACCGACCUGGAGGCUGCCCUUUCAAAGAAGAAGGAAUUAGAGGAGAAGAUGGUUUCCCUGCUCCAAGAGAAGAAUGACCUGCAAUUAGCCGUAGCAUCUGAAACUGAGUGCCUCUCAGAUGCUGAAGAGAGAUGUGAGGGACUUAUUAAAAGCAAAAUCCAGCUGGAAGCCAAACUCAAAGAGACGACCGAGAGGCUGGAAGAUGAGGAGGAGAUCAAUGCUGAGCUCACUGCCAAGAAGAGGAAACUGGAGGAUGAGUGCUCUGAGCUGAAGAAGGACAUUGAUGACUUGGAGCUUACUUUGGCCAAAGUGGAGAAGGAGAAACAUGCCACAGAAAACAAGGUUAAAAACCUGACAGAGGAGAUGGCCUCUCAGGAUGAGAGUAUUGGCAAGUUGACCAAGGAGAAGAAAGCCCUCCAAGAGGCACAUCAGCAAACUCUGGAUGAUCUCCAGGCAGAGGAAGACAAAGUCAACACUCUGACAAAAUCAAAGACCAAACUUGAACAACAAGUCGAUGAUUUGGAGGGAUCAUUGGAGCAAGAGAAGAAACUUCGCAUGGACCUUGAAAGAGCCAAGAGGAAGCUUGAGGGUGACCUCAAACUUGGUCAAGAAUCGAUUAUGGACCUGGAGAAUGACAAACAACAGUCUGAGGAGAAAAUCAAAAAGAAGGACUUUGAGAUAAGUCAGCUUCUCAGCAAGAUUGAAGAUGAGCAAUCACUUGGAGCUCAGCUUCAAAAGAAGAUUAAAGAACUUCAGGCCCGCAUUGAGGAACUGGAAGAGGAGAUUGAAGCUGAGCGUGCUGCUCGGGCUAAAAUUGAGAAGCAAAGAGCUGAUCUCUCCAGGGAACUUGAGGAGAUCAGUGAGAGGCUUGAGGAGGCUGGUGGGGCCACUGCUGCUCAAAUUGAGAUGAACAAGAAACGUGAAGCGGAGUUCCAGAAGCUGCGUCGUGAUCUUGAAGAGUCUACCCUGCAGCAUGAAGCUACCGCCUCUGCCCUUCGUAAGAAGCAGGCUGACAGUGUAGCUGAACUGGGAGAGCAGAUUGACAACCUUCAGAGAGUCAAACAGAAGCUGGAGAAGGAGAAAAGUGAAUACAAAAUGGAGAUAGAUGACCUGUCAAGUAAUAUGGAGGCUGUGGCUAAAGCAAAGGCAAAUCUGGAAAAGAUGUGCCGCACCCUUGAGGACCAAAUGGGUGAGAUUAAAGCAAAGGCCGAUGAAAAUGUGCGUCAGCUUAAUGACGUUAGUGCCCAGAGAGCAAGGCUUCAGACUGAAAAUGGUGAAUUUGGUCGACAAAUUGAGGAGAAAGAAGGUCUCGUCUCUCAGCUGACCAGAGGCAAACAAGCCUACACCCAGCAGAUUGACGAGCUGAAGAGGCAGGUUGAGGAGGAGGUGAAGGCCAAGAAUGCUCUGGCUCAUGCUGUCCAAUCAGCUCGUCAUGACUGUGACCUGCUCAGAGAGCAGUUUGAGGAGGAGCAGGAGGCCAAGGCUGAGCUGCAGCGUGGAAUGUCCAAGGCCAACAGUGAGGUGGCUCAGUGGAGGUCCAAAUAUGAGACUGAUGCUAUACAACGCACUGAGGAACUGGAGGAGUCCAAGAAAAAGCUGGCACAGCGUCUCCAGGAUGCUGAGGAAUCAAUUGAGGCUGUCAACUCCAAAUGUGCCUCCCUGGAGAAGACCAAACAGAGACUCCAGGGUGAGGUGGAGGACCUCAUGAUUGAUGUGGAGAGAGCAAAUGCACUGGCUGCAAACCUUGAUAAGAAGCAAAGGAACUUUGACAAGGUCCUGGCAGAAUGGAAGCAGAAGUUUGAGGAGGGUCAGGCUGAGCUGGAAGGUGCCCAGAAAGAGGCUCGCUCUCUCAGUACUGAGCUUUUCAAGAUGAAGAACUCAUAUGAAGAGGCUCUGGAUCAGCUGGAGACCCUGAAGAGGGAGAACAAAAACUUGCAGCAGGAAAUCUCUGACCUUACCGAGCAACUUGGUGAAACUGGUAAGAGCAUUCAUGAGCUGGAGAAGGCUAAGAAGACAGUGGAGACUGAGAAAUCAGAAAUCCAAACUGCACUGGAAGAGGCAGAGGGUACACUUGAGCAUGAGGAGUCCAAGAUUCUUCGUGUUCAGUUGGAGCUUAACCAGGUGAAAGGUGAGGUUGACAGGAAGUUGGCAGAGAAGGAUGAGGAGAUGGAACAGAUCAAGAGGAACAGCCAGAGGGUGAUUGAUACCAUGCAAAGCACUCUAGACUCUGAGGUCAGGAGCAGAAAUGAUGCCCUGAGAGUCAAGAAGAAGAUGGAGGGAGACUUAAAUGAGCUGGAAGUUCAGCUCAGUCAUGCCAACCGUCAGGCAGCUGAAUCUCUGAAGCAGCUAAGGACUGUCCAAGGACAACUCAAGGAUGCCCAACUGCACCUUGAUGAUGCUGUCAGGGGACAAGAAGACAUGAAGGAGCAGGUUGCCAUGGUAGAGCGCAGGAAUGGCCUCAUGGUGUCUGAGAUUGAGGAGCUGAGAUCUGCUCUGGAGCAGACAGAGAGAGGCCGCAAAGUGGCUGAGCAGGAACUAGUGGAUGCCAGUGAGCGUGUUGGACUGCUGCAUUCACAGAAUACUAGUCUCAUCAACACCAAGAAGAAGCUGGAGGCUGACCUUGUCCAGGUUCAGAGUGAGGUUGAUGACACUGUUCAAGAGGCCAGAAAUGCAGAAGACAAGGCCAAGAAGGCCAUCACUGAUGCUGCCAUGAUGGCUGAGGAACUAAAGAAAGAACAGGAUACCUGUGCUCAUCUGGAGAGGAUGAAAAAGAACCUGGAGGUCACUGUGAAGGACCUGCAGCAUCGCCUGGAUGAGGCUGAGAACCUGGCUAUGAAGGGUGGAAAGAAGCAACUCCAGAAACUAGAGUCCAGGGUGCGUGAGCUGGAAGGUGAAGUUGAGGCUGAACAGAGGCGUGGAGCUGAUGCCAUUAAAGGUGUCCGCAAAUAUGAGCGGAGAGUCAAGGAACUCACCUACCAGACUGAAGAAGACAAGAAGAAUGUCACCAGACUGCAGGAUCUGGUGGACAAACUUCAGAUGAAAGUCAAAGCCUACAAGAGACAAGCUGAGGAAGCUGAGGAACAGGCCAACACUCACCUGUCCAAAUUCAGGAAGGUGCAGCAUGAGCUUGAGGAGGCUCAGGAGCGUGCAGACAUUGCUGAGUCCCAGGUCAACAAGCUGAGGGCCAAGAGCCGCGAUGCUGGCAAGGUAUUAACAACUAGAGGGAAAAACAUAUUGGAAAAGAUGCAGAGUGACCGGUGA